AUGGACCCAGCAGCAGUCAACCCGCCCGAGGAGCUCCGGGAGGACAUUAUUUACUCGAAUUUCGUCCUGAACGAGCUUCGUCUUCUCCCCCCGGUUGCUACCACCCACCUUGCAACUCAUGCUUCACCGCCUGUCCCGACGGAGAGCGUUCAGCCCAGCCCGUCGGUCCAGCCUUCAAAUGGGAAACGCCAUCGACGCCCCUCGCCACAGUCGGACCCCGGGAUAUCGGAGCGGCCGACUGUGCCCGUCCAGCCACCUGCCUCGCCUGCUGGGGGCCCGAGCAGCCCGUCCCAGCCACCUGCCUCGCCUGCUGGGGGCCCGAGCAGCCCGCCCAGCCACCUGCCUCGCCUGCUGGGGGCCCGAGCAGCCCGUCCCAGCCACCUGCCUCGCCUGCUGGGGGCCCGAGCAGCCCGUCCAGCCACCUGCCUCGCCUGCUGGGGGCCCGAGCAGCCCGCCCAGCCACCUGCCUCGCCUGCUGGGGCCCGAGCAGCCCGCCCAGCCACCUGCCUCGCCUGCUGGGGGCCCGAGCAGCCCGCCCAGCCACCUGCCUCGCCUGCUGGGGGCCCGAGCAGCCCGCCCAGCCACCUGCCUCGCCUGCUGGGGGCCCGAGCAGCCCGUCCAGCCACCUGCCUCGCCUGCUGGGGGCCCGAGCAGCCCGUCCCAGCCACCUGCCUCGCCUGCUGGGGGCCCGAGCAGCCCGUCCAGCCACCUGCCUGCCUGCUGGGGGCCCGAGCAGCCCGCCCAGCCACCUGCCUCGCCUGCUGGGGGCCCGAGCAGCCCGUCCCAGCCACCUGCCUCGCCUGCUGGGGGCCCGAGCAGCCCGCCCAGCCACCUGCCUCGUCUGCUGGGGGGCCCGAGGACCCCUUCAUCCUCGCCGGCGGCGGCAGCCCCUUCAUCCUCGCCGGCGGCGGCAGCCCCUUCAUCCUCGCCGGCGGCGGCAGCGCCUGGCCCGGCCUCCGCCUCUGCUCCGCCUGGCCCGGCCUCCGCUUCAGCCUCGCCUCCUCCGAGCCUCCAGCCGCCUGGCCCAGAUUCAGCAUCAGCUCCAGCGCCGCCUGCAGCAGCAGCCUCCUCGCCGCCAGCUCCAGCGCCGCCAGCACCAGCACCAGCUUCAGCUAUGGCUUCGCCCUCGCCUGGUCCAGCCUCCGCUUCAGCUUCAACGUCUCCUGCUCGUCCCUGCUCGUCCUGUCCGCCCUGCUCACUGCCUUCGUUUGCCUCGCCGCCGUUGCCGCCAGCACGGUCGGCCCCCAGAACUGUUUCUACACCGUUGCCGUCCACACGGUCGGCCCCCAGAACUGUUUCCACGCCAUUGCCUACUGCGUGGCCGGUCUCCGGACCUGCCCCACUGCCGCUGCCUUUCGCAUGGUCGGCCUCCGGAACUGA